UGGAUAUAAAUAAUCCGAAUUUAUGCCUAAUGACACAGGCAUAUUUUAUCACAUUUUUCUCACAUAUGGUUAGAGAUGAUGUAAGCAAUAGAAUUUAUAGUUGAGAAUCCUUUGACAUAUCAUAUGUAUUUUUUUGCAGCCACGCGGAAGGAUUUCAUUGUAAAACUGGUGGUAGACGCUUCCGCCCAGUUUUCCGAUGUUCAUUGCUCGAGUUGAAAAUGGAGUUCGAUUAAAGCAGAUGUCCAAAAACUUCUUGGGGAAAAUGUAACUCACUGUAUUUGCCUUUUGUAUUUCAAUUUCUUAAUAUAAAUUAUGUUGUACCUUUUUCUAGCUGUGGAGGCUAUAAUUCAACGUACACCGACACAUUGACGGACCAACCAGCGCUUUUUAAGUGUUGUCCUGGACCUGAAGUUGGAGAGGGGAAUGCUCGAUAGCUAGCCACUAAUAACGUGCCAAAUGUCGGUUUUAUUUUGUACGCUUUUUAGAUUCUGAACGCAUUGGAUUUCAUUUUACCGAAGAGGAUGACGAAGAUGUGCAUUUUGUUGUGGUUGGAUUUUACUUCCAGGGAAAAUAAAAUUAAUAAUCGGUUGUCAUUCCUCCUCGCAAUUGAGUUACAAAAUUAGCUAGGCUACUUGGUUUUCCUAAAAGAGCUCAGUUAUGCAUGUGCCAUUGUAAGACAAUUAACUUUUAUACAAUAUAUAGGGAUUUUAUGCGAAAGAAAAUGGUGAUAUUUGCGGUUUAUUUCCCCGCCGUCACUGCGUCCUCGAUGCUAUUGCUAGGAUUUGGAUCCCCGUGAGAAAAAAUGAGCGAAGAUUCAACAAAUCCAAACGAUGACUGCAGCAGCACAACACAUAAGAUGGCCAACAUAUGAUGCAAUUGAAGAUCAAGGAAGAUGGUGGGAAAAGAACAUGACAGUUAUGCGCGUGUGAGAGCAGUGGUCAUGACUCGGGAUGACUCCAGCGGUGGGUGGCUGCCUCUGGGAGCUGGGGGCCUCAGCUGCGUCACCGUCUACAAAGUCAGCCGGGCACCGGACAGCGACAGCAGCACCACAGACCCAAACACCACCACCACAGCAGACUUCCUCAUCAAGGGGGAGCGGCUCAAAGACAAAUCGGUUGUUCUGGAGUGUAUUCUAAAGAAGGACCUGGUCUACAACAAGGUCAACCCCAUAUUUCACCAUUGGAGGAUCAACGACAAGAAGUUUGGCCUGACCUUCCAGAGUCCUGCAGACGCCAGGGCCUUCGAUAGAGGGAUCCGCAGGGCCAUCGAAGACAUCAACCAAGGCUGUCCUGCGUUUGACGAUUCGGACUCUCUUGAAGAUGGAUUACAGCCCCUGUGUGAGGCGCUGCCCUCCAUCUGUACGCCAAUGAAGGAGCCCUUUUCCCCCCUGAGUGUCCACAAUGUGGUGUCCUCUGAACCCUACCGGGGAUGCUACGUCCGCGCUCAGCCCUUUGACCAGUUUCCCUCCAGCAACCACCGCUACCUGCCGCCUCAGGUGUCCUUCAAGUCUACGCGCCAUGUGAGCUUUCACAUGGACGAGGAGGAGAUUGUAAGGAUCAACCCUCGUAAGGACGUUCUGAUUCGCGGCUACGAGGACUACCGCCACCCAGUCUUGUGGAAGCAGGAGGCAGAGCGAGAGGACUCUGACUUCCCUGCCCUCUUCCACAAACUGGACAGCAAGAAGUGUGAGUACCUCUUCCCCGAGGGGCCGGGCAUGGAGUUCCACUCAGGCCCUGGGAGUAUGGGCAUGGGCACAGGGCUGGGGCUAGGGCUGGGUAAAGACUCCUCCAUCAAGGCGCAGCCCUCACCACUGCUCAAGUCCAAAAAAGGGCGGCGGAGGCGGCAAGAUGGGGAGCGUUCUCGCUGCAUCUACUGCCGGGAAAUGUUCAACCAUGAGGACAACCAGCGGGGCCAGUGCCAGGAUGCUCCUGACCCCAUCAAGCAGUGCAUCUAUAAAGUCAGCUGCAUGCUUUGUGCCGAGAGCAUGCUGUACCACUGCAUGUCCGACUCGGAGGGAGACUUCUCGGACCCGUGCUCGUGUGACACGGCUGACGAACAGUUCUGCUUGCGCUGGCUGGCCCUGACGGCACUGUCCUUCAUUGCUCCCUGUAUGUGCUGCUACCUGCCUCUGAGAGCCUGCCACCACUGUGGGGAGGCCUGCAGAUGCUGCGGGGGCAAGCACAAGGCCGCUGGUUGACCUGAAUGAACUCUGACCCCUCACCCGGGAUGACCUACCCACAACACAGCUAGCUGACACAGGAAAGCGGGAAAAAGCUGGGUAUUAAAAUGCCUUGUUUUUCAUUCACCUCAGAGGGGGUGACAUGUUGUUGUAGACGCCUGGCUUUGGAGGUCUUUUGUGUCCUUCGACGCAGAGAGCAGCGGAAGACUAACCUUGUGCUUUACGGGCUCUGAGCGUGAAGUAUAGUUCAGGAGCUGAACGCGAGGAGAAGGCAUUGAGAUUAGCAGACAUGGAAAUAUUACUAAACAAACACACUCUUACUCACACUCGUACAUAAUACACACAACAACCAGGCCACCAUGUCACUCUCCCUACAAGUAAUGUGUAACUUUAUGAAGGAAUAUUGUCUUUUGUACAGAGAGCAGCAACUACACAACAAAACAAAACAUUUGUGCAUACAGAAAACAAACUUGAAGUAUGCUAAAAGGGAUAUGUUGUUGUGAAUUUGUAGUUGGGUAACAUUGGCAGUUCCUUUAUGACUCGAGCAUUCGCUGACAGUGUAAUUGUUAGAGAAGGUGCACUAGAAAUGUUUAUCCCCCCCUUCACACAAUUCUAAUGGUACAUUAACCUUAAGACCAUUCUUAUUGAGUCAUUUAACAGUUCAGAGAUGUUGCUGUGGUGGAUGUGUACGUGUUUCCUUAUUUUUCCUAUUCAUCAAAUGUUGAACAAAAAAAGAAGGUAACACCUUUUUAUCUUUUGCUGGUACAGUCUGACAUAACUAGAUGUUAGAAUGAUUUCCUUGUUUUGGUAAAGUGAUUUGGACCACUUAAUUGCAUUCCAACAUAAAGUGAUCAAUUCCAUGAGCAGGAGUGAAAAUAUGGUAAUGUCUUUUGCAAUCCUCCAUCCCCCGAACAAGUCAAGAAUUAAUGUUAGCACUUCUUGACUCACCUUCCAUGAGACCAAAAUGUCACAAUUCCAGGUACUUUACCAGAUUUUCUAUUUUGACUCCAUCACAUCUUCGCUUCAUGGUAAAACUGUUGUUUUUUAUUUAAAGCUGAAGUUUUUCUCAACCAGCAAGUUUUUCUGUUUAAUGUUGGUGAGUAAGGGGUCUUGAGUGCCCCUUUGUUGAACAAGGCACUUAAAUUAGACUCGUUUGGUGAAAACCUUUUUUUCCCUUUUUUUUCGGAAACUAGAAAUUACCAACUAAAACUCAAGUUUUGUGUACAAAAGGCCAACCGUGAAAGCACUGGUCUCCAAGGUUGGGUUACAGCACCAUCUACAAAUUUCAAAAGUACUGGAUGUCUGUCCCCUUGUGAUUUAAAGCAUUUGUAACGAGUCAAAUGUACUACUGUCAAGUCAUUUUGCAGCUUGUCCACGGUAAGUCAGAGAAUACAUAAUUUAACAUUUGCCCAGUCAUGAAUGAACAGGUACCUCAUUUUAAAUGUCAAAGGGCAUUUGCCUAUAGGUAAUUAUAGCAUAUGGGUAUGAUUGUUUGUUACACACUAUAUGUGCAUAGGUCUUCAUAUGCAGUGAGAUGUCAAGCACAGUGAUCAUAGAAACUGAUAACUGUGUUUACUCGUUGUAACAAACCUGACUUUGUUGAAAGCUGAUGGGGAGAUGCAGUAUGAAGGUCCUUGUUGAAAUCCAUAUUUCACUCCGAUAACUGUAGACAUACCUCUGGUUGUAUUAAUUUGAUGCUGCAUCUUUAAAAGACAGUAUGUUAUUGCUAAUUCCACUGUUUUGAGAAAUCUGUCUGCCUGUGUACCUUAAUCGUUUUUGAGAACAAAGAAAUUGGUUUCUUUGAUCAUUUAGACCAGCGGUGUCAAACUCAUUCCACGGAGGGUUGAGUGUCUGUGUGUUUUUGUUUUUUUCUUUUCAAUUGAGACCUAGACACCCAGGUUAGGGGAGUUCCUUACUAAUUAGUUCAUCAAUCAAGUACAAGGGUGGAGCAAAAACCCUCAGACACUACGUGGAAUGAGUUUGACACGUGAUUUAGACAAAAUCGUUAUCAAAAGGAUUUAAAAUCACCCCUAUUUAAAAAGCUUGUCAUUACAGCCCUGUACUGUAGCCAAUAGAUAUGCACACCAUCCCCCGGACCACCACUUCUUGAGAAGGACGUGGCAACCCUGUCUCGUCGCCAGACUGGAUGGGGACAGUCAACUUCUUCCAUAUCCCUCUCUUAUGCCCCAUGCGAGGUACCAACCAACACUCUUUACUUUCUAUGCAAACUGUUGACCAUGAAAAACACAUAGACCUCUCUCCACACUGAGUCAGUGACGGGACACUUUACUAACGCUAUGUAGACGUUACCCCAGGUACCAAACUCCAAGCUCCUAUAAAUAAGUAACACUAUAUUUAAAUACCGGAUCAGAAUCCCGUCUUGUUUUUUGGAAAUUAAAAGAGAGAGCUGUAUUUAUCAUUGCUGUCAGCAUGCAUAUACUGUAGCUUCAAUUGACAGCAUUAUGUACAUAAGUCACCUUUUAGUAUUAUUUCACAUUGAAAGUGGAGGGCGUUCAUGAUGGAAAUGACAAUUGAGCUUUUAAUGGAGUUUCAUUGUAGUUUUCUAUGAAGGGAGGAAGGCUAGAGUACUAACAUGGUACAGUAGUGGCAGUCCACUUAUUUAAAAAAAUAAAUAUAUAUAUAUAUAUAAAGCUGCUAGAUACAAUCACUCAUUUUUUUAUUGAUUUGAGAGAAAAGUCAGCUACGAAAGACUGUUUAAACAAUACCUAGUUCCUAUGACCGCAUAUAACCGUGUGUGUGUGUGUGUGCGCAUUUGGUUGGUUUAUCAAUGUUUUUAUUCUCCCAUAUUGUAAUUUGGAUUGCCCUGCAUAUUGCAAGCUAAACCCAAGAUUAGAUUAACCUGAUUUAAAAACUUGCUGGCUGAGGAGUAAAGUGUAGGACAUACAUUCAUACAAGUUUAGCUGAGAGAUACUGAAAUCAUCUGUUUCAUUCUGCAUUAACCAGCACAGUGUAACUCGCUAUCAUAUACUGUGUUAUAUAUGCAACAUGUUUGUCUGCUUUAAUAUAUUUAUGUUUUACCUGUCAGUUAACUUUGCAUAAGACUUCAGUUUAACCACUUUGCUGCUAGUCUUUUAUUCUUCUUUCAAUCUUGGAAAGUGUGCAUAUUUUUGGAAUGCUUAAAAAUGUACAUUCUUGACUUUGUCUGCGUUAAAAAGAAAUGCCUAUAUAAACGUGUUCAGUGUAUUGCUUAAAAAGGUUUCUUUUCACAGCAGUUGAGUGGUUACUUUUCAAUUCUCCAAUGCUUUGGUGCACUGAUGAUGUAUGUAGGCUUACAGCGCUUCAUGAUGUAACAUUUCUGUGAUUACUUCUAAAUAGUGGAAAACAUUUGUGUUUUGAAAAUUGCAGUUUAAAUGGUACUCUAAUUCUUCUGUAAACACUGCCUGUUUCCUUUCUUUCUCAUGCAUCUUUUCUUUCAGUUUCGUAGUGCCAUUGGCUUCACAUCCUGACAACCUUGAAAAAGUGCCUCACGUCCAUCAUAGUUUCCAUCUAAAACUUAACAGCUCUUGUUCUGGUUAUAUUGGUUUAUAAAUGUCUAGCUAUUUCUACCAUGGUUUGAGAAUUCUAAGUAUAUGAUGUAAAAUGUAUAGUUCAAUAACUCAUGUCAUAGUUGUAUUUUCUUUAUACAGAUGUAACUUGUUACUUUUCGUAAAUAUAUAAUGUAAAUAUGCAUACACUUGUAAUUUGUCAUAUCAAAUAACAUUAUCAUAAUAAAAUUGUGAGUUUUAA